AUGUACUCUUCUUCGAAUUCCUUCCUGGGCGGUGCCAACAGCACCCGCCCCGGGCAGCAACCUUAUCUGCAGCAGCAGCAGUCUCCAUACUCGCAAUUCCCAGCGGGUCAGCAACAGCCUGCCCAACAGACUGGCUUUGCCCCUCAGCCUACCGGUUAUGGACCUCAGCUAUCCGCGUUUGGAGGUCCCCAGUUGCAACCGCAAGCAACGGGGUUUGCGCCUGGACAGCUUCAGCCUCAGUAUACCGGUUUCCCCGGUGCGCCGGCACAGCAAGCGCCGCAACAACCUCAACAACCCCAACAACCCCAACCGACCGGUUUCGCCUCAGCACCACAACAAUCUCAAUAUGGCGGAUUUCCCCCUCAGAGUCAAGGUCCACAGAUACAGGUUACGCCAACUGCAAACCUUCCGCUUCGAACAGGGAUGCAGACAUCCUCUGACAUAGCCAACUCAUUCCAGGAUGGAUUAGGAGCUGCGCCUACCCCGCCACCCAAGCCUUCCGCUGGGAGAAUCCCAAACAUCCGCUUAUCGUUCAUAACGGCACAGGACCAGGCGAAAUUUGAGCAGCUCUUCAAAUCCGCAGUUGGGGAUAAUCAGGCAAUGACUGGUGACAAGGCGAAGGAGCUUCUUCUUCGAUCGAAGCUCUCGGGAAGCGACCUGUCGAGGAUAUGGGUGCUAUCGGACACUACCAAAUCUGGACAACUACUCUUCCCUGAAUUUGCUCUUGCCAUGUACCUUUGCAACAUUCGAAUCACAGGGAGGGAUAUACCCGCUGCCCUUCCCGAAACAAUCAAGAACGAGGUUUCGAGUAUGGUGGACAUUAUUUCCUUUCAAGUGCCCGAUACACAACCAGAACCUGUCGCUAGGACGAAUGUUCCUAGCUUUGAUGCGCCACUAUUAGAAAACAAAGCAGCUCCCCCAGCGCCCCAACAACCGCAACCGCAACAGCCUAACAAUUCCCAACUCCUCUCUCAGCUCACCGCGCAACCAACCGGAUUUCCACAACCUACGGGGUUCCAGCCAAAUGCUCCAUUCCCAGGUCAAAACCAGGCUCUUGCCCCACAAGCCACUGGCUUUCCUGGGCAAGCUCAACAAGGCCUUCAACCUCCCCAGGUGGGCCUGCUAAGUAACCCACAGCCAACAGGCUAUACUGGCCCUCGGCCCCCAAUGCCCCCAAUGCCAACUGGAUUCGGUUCCAACCUUAGCCCGGCACAAACAGGUGGAUUGGUGGCACAGCCCACAGGCAUCCCUGGACAGUGGGGCUUUGUUAAUGCCCCUGCCUCAGGAUUGCCCAAUAUCGACGCCUUGAAGCAGCAGCUGAUGCCUCAGCCGGGUCGUGAAGGUGGCUUCUCCACUGCCGGCAUCACUGGGAAUGCAAAUAUUCCCUGGGCUAUCACAAAGGAGGAAAAGAGAAUAUACGAUGACCUUUUCCGUGCGUGGGAUGGUCUUCGCAAGGGAUUCAUUGGUGGCGAUACCGCGAUCGAGAUUAUGGGACAGAGUGGCCUGAAUAGGAAUGAUUUGGAAACCAUUUGGACACUCGCUGACCCUCACAACCGCGGCAGACUCAAUAUGGACGAGUUCGCAGUGGCUAUGCAUUUGAUUUAUAGAAAGCUCAACGGCUAUCCUGUUCCCAGUCGCUUACCUCCGGAACUAAUCCCUCCAUCCACGAGGAACUUGAAUGAUUCAAUCGGCACUGUCAAGUCCAUGCUUUCUCAGGAUGCAGAGCACCGAAAAGCCACAGGUGCAUUUCUGCAGCCGCAGAAGACGGGAGUGAGCUACCUAAAGGACCAUUCUUUCCGAGGUGGAGCCGUCUCUCCCGGUGUUGGUCGCAAAGAUGCUACACUAUUCAAAAACAAUGAUGAGGCAGCAUCUGGUUACCGCUCUAGUGCGCGUCGCCGUGUUGGGAACACCGGGCGUACUCCUUCACCUGCUGCCUCACAAUCUUCUGAAGAUGAAUUGUCAGUUGAGCAGCUGAAAAAGAAGAUCCGCGAAACGCAGGUGAUGUUAGAAGCCGUUGACUUUCAAGAUGAGAAUCGUGCGGAAGAAGAGGAUGCGCUAGACAGACGAGACCGCCGGGAGGCGGAAAGUCUUAUGGAUCGUGUUCGACGCGUGCAGGACGAUCUUGACACCCAUCCUCAUGCGUCCCUUCGCAAUCUGGAUACAGGCGCCGAGAGAAGGACGCUACGCCGCCAAUUGCAGGCUUACGAGGAUCAGGUACCGCAGAUUGCUUCGGACGUUAGGCGCGUUGAGCGCGAAAUUGCCGAGGCUAGGCUCGAGCUGUUCCGGCUGAAGGACGCCAAGGCACACCCUAAUAGCGCACUUAAUAUUGUUGGCACAGGCCCCGGUGGUUCGGUCACGGAAUCGGAUCGCAUUAAGGCGCGUGCCCGUGCUAGAAUGCAAGCUCGCGCUGCCGAACUUGCGGGUAGGCCAGCGCCUGCCUCGCAGGAUGAUGAAGGUGCCGCAACUCGUCGACUAGAAGGAGAGAAUGCCAGGGUUAAGGCAGAAAGGGAGAAGAACGAUUCCAUGACACACGACGUGGAGGAAAGCGUCAAGGACUUUGCUAAAAGUUUGGAAGAUAGCCUCAAAGAAGGCGGGGAAAGCUCUACACGUGAACACGAAAGGCGACGCUGGGAAGAUGCUCUGGGCGUGGAAGAUGUUAUCCGUGACUUUAUUUACGACCUGAAUCGCGGUGGGCGUACCGCGUAUAUUCGAAAGGAGGAGGACUCGAGAAGAUCUUCCCCUAUGGAGCAGCGGACUCACGGCCAAUCGCCUGUACCCAAUGCAAGUGUAGCUCGGCCGUCGCCACCACCGUCGGUUGGGUCGACAGGAUCUCUACCCGGAAAUACGCACGAGGAUCGUGUUGCUGCUGCAAGGGAACGCGCCCAACGCAGAAUUGCCGAACGGAUGGCAGCUGCUGGUCUUAAGCCUCAAGGCGAUGCUGCGGAAACCCUUACCCAGCGGCAAGAGCGCGAAAAGAAAGAAAGGGAGGAGAGGCUGAAGCGGGCAGAAGAAGAGGACUCUAAACGAGAAGAAGAAAGGCAACGCCGUAUUGCUGAUGAACAGCGCCCCCCUGGCACCCAGGCACCGAAGUCUGUUGGUAAGAAGCCUCCGCCAGCACCACCUUCACGCAAGGGUCGGACUGAUAGUACUGGCCAAGCGGAUGCUAAACGGGCUGCGGAUGAGGCAGCUAAAGCUGAACAGCUAGCCCGCGAACAAGCUUUGAAGGAGGAGCAGCAAACGCAGGAAGAAGAGACGAAACGUUUAGAAACGGAGGCAAAGCAGCAUGAAGACGAGUUCGAGAAGGCACAGCAAGCGCAGCAAGAGCGUCUCCGUGCACUUGAAGAGCAGGUUAAGCAAGGAAAGGUUAAGAAACAGGAAGAGAAGCGCCGUAGAGAGGAAGCCAAGAAAGCUGCGCAAGAAGAGGAAGCUAGACUCGCUCGUCAGCGAGCAGAUCUGGAAGCUGCCAAGGAGCGAGAGCGACAGCUUCAGCAGGAGCUGGAAGGCUUAGACGAAACCUCUUCAGACGACGAGGGCCCAGUGAAUAUUGAAACCCCAGAGGACAACACCCCGACCCAAAGCCAAGUCCUCCCCGCAACAUCGCCCCCUCCUGCGCCCCUAGCUCCCCCAGCGCCUGCUAUCCCGGUUGUCAAGACACCUCCGGCUCCUGAACCCGAGCCGACAAGUACCCCUGGUUCACCGGAAAGCAAUCGAGCGGCGCCAGCUAGCCUGAGCCCGGAGACCGAAUCCAAGAACCCCUAUAUCAGGAAGAACAUCACACAGUCUACAGACUGGCCGGCUGCAACAACCCCUGAGGCUCAGGCCACUGCUACCCCGAAGGCGGAUGCCCAGUCCACCAACCCAUUCCAUCGCCUCGCUCAGCAGCAACAGCAGGAGCCUGUAAAGCCCGCCUUUACAGGUUCGAUGCCACUCGAACGGAAAAACCGUACACGCCCAGAGGAUGAUGAUGACUGGUCAGCAGCCGGGUCUGAUUUGGAAUCAUCCGACGAUGAAGAUGAUCGCGCAGGCGGUGGCAGCGCUAAGCAGCUUGCAAGUAUCCUCUUCGGUACUAUGGCGCCUCCACGCCCUUUGAGUGCCAUGGACAACCAGUCUCCGUCAUCGAAUUCAGCGACUCCAGUGCAAGAUAACCCAACUCCGCCAGUUCCACCAAUUCCAACUGAGAUUGAACCAGCUCCUGCUGCUAGCGGUGCCCCUCCACCACCACCGCCUCCUCCGCCACCACCAGCCGGAGCCGCACCCCCAGUGCCCGGAAUUGAAGCGCCGCCUAGCGCUCCACCACCACCACCACCGCCGGCAGGGCUUCCCGCACCACCGCCCCCUCCUCCAGGACCACCCCUUCCCCCUGCCCCCGCGACCCCAGCUGGUGGGUCGGAUCGGGGUGCACUACUGGCCUCGAUCCAGGCAGGAAAGGGGCUUAAGAAAGUUCAAACCAACGAUCGAAGCAGCAGCUCCACUGCCGGGCGCGUACUGUGA